AUGAAUCAAAAUUACUGGAGGAUAUUCGCUAAUAAAUUGUUCCUGUUGUUUUUUUCUUCCGCCUAUCUGUUCUACAAUCCAGUAACCGGCAAUGCUGUAAAACUCAACAGCCAAAAUGUUGACAUGACAUUAGCAUCUAAUGAGUUAGUUAUAAUAAACUUCUAUGCCGAUUGGUGUCGGUUUAGUGGUAUUCUUACUCCAAUCUUUGAAGAAGCUGCUGCAAAAGUUUCUGAACUUUAUCCAGAGUCCGGUAAAGUUGUGUUGGGAAAAGUAGACUGUGAUACUGAAACUUCCAUUGCAUCUAGAUUUCAAAUUACUAAAUAUCCUACCAUAAAAGUAUUAAUCAAUGGACAACCAGCUAAAAGAGAAUAUAGGGGUAAGCGAUCAGUUGAAGCAUUUGUGUCUUUUGUACAAAAACAGCUUGAAGACCCGAUACAAGAAGUGUCCAGCUUGUUUGCCGCGGCUGAUGUGAAGUCAAGGGUUGUAAUUGGAUACUUCGAAAACAAAAAUUCUCAAGAAUACCAAGUAUUUAGAAAAGUGGCAACAAAUCUCAAAGAUGAUUGUCUUUUUUAUGCUGGAGUUGGUGAAACAUUCCGUGCUAUGCAUCCGCCCAACGAAACGAUAAUAGAAUUCAGACCGGACCGGGCAUCUCCCAAAUCUGAACAUCAUACUUUCAGAGGAAAUUCAGCCGAUUAUGAUUCUCUAAAUAUAUGGGCGACAGACAAUUGCUUACCGUUAGUACGCGAAAUAACGUUUGAGAAUGCUGAAGAAAUCACAGAAGAAGGAUUACCAUUUUUACUAUUUUUCUAUCAUCCUGAUGAUUUGGAGUCCAUUAAGCUGUUCAAAGAAAUUGUUGGCACAUAUUUAAUACAAGAGAAGCAACGCGUUAACUUUUUGACGGCCGACGGCGUCAAGUUUGCACAUCCAUUGCAGCACCUGGGGAAACGACAUACCGAUUUACCUGUAGUUGUCAUUGAUAGUUUCAAACACAUGUAUCAGUUCCCAGCAAAAAGCGAUUACAAAAACCAUGAGCAUCUGAAAACAUUUAUUGAUGAUCUGUACUCCGGUAAAUUACAUAGAGAAUAUCAUUUGGGUCCUCAGGAAAUUUCUGCCAUAGAAGUAAUCCAUGGUCAUAACCAACCUGCUGAACAGACUAUGCCACCAGAAUCUACUUUUAAGAAAUUGGCACCGUCUAAAAAUCGUUACACAUUAUUAAAAGAAGAAUUAUAG